GCAGCCGCAGCCGCCGGCCGGUAACGUGGCCUCGGGUGCCGGCUGCGGAGCGAUGGGAGCGGCCCCAAAGUGGCUCCCUGCCCUGGCCCUGCUUGGGAGCUGCCCGUAGCUGCCGCCGGGCCCGGUGGCACGCGCCGCGCCGCGAUGAGGCUGCUCCUGUUGGCCUGUCUCCGAGCCCAGACGGGGAACGCUACCACCGCGGGCAGGAUACAGGAUCAUCUAGAAGCUGUGGGUCACAUAUGCAGUCUUAAGGAUGCCUUUGGCUACGAGAACCCAUCUGAAAUAGCAAAUCUAAUCUCUGCAGAGAAGUUUGAAGCAGCUUUGGCUAUUCAUCUUUAUAAAGGAGGCAGACUUCUGCAAGGAAGUAGAAUUCCUUUCGGGAUCAUCUUUGGUGGCACGGAUAUAAAUGAAGAUGUCAAACAUGAAGAAAAACACAGGGUGAUGGGGGCAGUGUUAGAAGAAGCCAGGUUUGCAGUGGCUUUCACCGAGAAAAUGAAGGAACUGGCAGCAGCAGAGUGGCCAGAUGCUAGAAGCAAAAUAUACAUCCAGACUCAAGGAAUUAUGACCACACCCAGUGCAACUUUUAACUGGAAGAGAUUUCUACAAAAUGCAGGGAUCCCUCAAGACACAGAAAAUUUACGCCUGUUUCUUUUGAUAUGUGGACUUAGAAGAGUCAAGGACCCUCUUUAUUUAGUGGAUGUAUUUUCAGAGUGGCACAGAAGAGAGCCCCAUAUCCACCUUGUUAUAAUUGGACCUGCAUACACCAUAAGAUUUGAAAGUGAACUGGAGUGGAAGAUAAAUCUGGAGCAGGUUGAUACACAGUUUACAAGUGAAGUCAAUGAAAAAGUUAAUAGGACACCUGGGGUACAUUUGUUACAGGAGAUACCUCAAGAUGAUCUUCACGCUGCUGCGAAAAGAUGCUUUGCAGUGGUGAACAGCUCUAUUUCAGAGGGGAUGUCUGCUGCAAUCCUGGAGGCAAUGGAUUUAGAUGUUCCAGUGCUGGCGAGGAACAUUCCUGGGAACGCAGCAAUAAUACAACACAAAGUAACAGGACUAUUAUUUACAGAUCCGCAGGAGUUUGUCCAGCUCUCCAAAAGUCUGAUGAAUGACCCCACUUUGGAAAGAGAAAUUGUGACAAAGGCAAAAGUGUAUGUGAAGAAACACCACUCAUGGGACUGUGAAAGAGAGGCCUAUCAAAAUCUUGUCCUGAGACUCCAGUGAAUCAUUGGGUAUCAAAUUGGAAACUGAUCUUAUUCUGUAUCACUUUAAUGGUGGCAGUGUAAUCAGAGUAUUUUAAAGAAAAAAAUGCACAUAUUAUGGACAUAUUGUUCCACUCGAGUUUGCCCAGUUUACAAACAUACUGCAUCAGACCAGUGGUCCAUCCAAUUUACCAUCCUGUUUCCAGUGGUGAGCGGCACCAGUGAAAUCAAGAAUAUGUUGAUUUCUUAAUACUAUGGGAUUAUAGGGGCCUCAAAAGAGGGCAAUUCCUUGUGCACAGCGGUGGAUUUCAUCCACAGUGAACUCAUGCAAACUCAGGUACUGUGUUGUAGCCUGACAAAGCUAAUUUAAUUAAUCUGAAUUUAUUCAGAUAUAUAUCAAUGAUAAACAUAAUGUUGUAAGAGUGGGUUGAUCUCUAUUUUGAAUGAUCAAACACAUAAAUACAUUAAAUGUUAGCCAGGUCUACAUAAUCUAAAUUUUAAAGGGGGAAGAUCAUAAAUUAAUCACACAACUAGCACUUUUAUCAGGAAUGUAACUGGCUGGAGCUAAUGAGAAAUACAAACACUGAUGCUUACUAGCAUGAAAAAUUGUACUCACUGUUUCCUGUUAUUCUACUUUAUUUAUGAAUUAUUAGAAGACAGCAACUACCUCUUAAAAAUUACCAAACUUUGGGGACCUCCCAAAUGGCAAAUGUUCUUACAAAAGAUGGAUGGAGGCUGUAAUAAGGAACAAUGAUGUAAUUUAUAUUUUUUAUGUAAUUUGGUACUUUUGUUAUGAGUGACUUUCAGGAGUUGUUAUUGUGAACUUAAUGUAACAGGAUAUUGUAUUUUAAGAAGACCUGCUAAUGCCCACACGAAGCACAAACCAAUCAUUAUUGACUGAUCAGUGGUUAAAGUAAUAUCUUGGUUUUCCACAAUCUGGUGUCAAGGAAGGCUGCUAUUUCUAAAAUGUGAAGUGUUUACAAUUUUUAAACAUCUGUUGUCGGAAAACUAUAGUUGCUAUAUAUGGGCCUGAUCCAACCCCAACUGAAGCUAAUGGGAACCUUUCCAUUGACUUUAAUGGGCUUUGCAUCACCCGCUAUUUAUGUUAAUGAAUUUACUGUGCAUGUUGGCUUUCCAAUUGACUUCUUGGUUGUGUUGCAAAUGUUUAGUCAGCAACCCUGAAGAAAAAAAGAGUAAUUUUAGUAUCCUUCAUUCAUUUCUGAGACCUUUUCUAAUUUUCUAUUGUAAUAUAUUUGGAGUGGUUUGACUCAGUUGGUACUGUCCUCAAUAGUAUGGGACAUUGCAAACAAUGGAGGACAAAACUGGAGUGACUUCAAGGGUUAUAAUUGCAAUGCUCGUUCUAUAUAUGUUCUCUUGCUCUUAUGGUUUUUGGUAAAAAACAGCCUGGCUCAAAGGGGAAGGAUAAUCAUCUAUUAUAAUACAAAUGAAAGAAAGGGAGAAGUUGAUAGCAAUGCAUAUAUAUUAGAAGCUAGAAAGUAUAGAAAAUUAAUAAGGGAAGCAAAAGGACAUAAGGAGAAAUCUGUGGGCAGUACAAUCAAAUACAAAUAGGUUUUUUAAAUUAUAUAACAAACAAAAGGAAUCUUCACAGUCCUAGAUAUUGGUUCAUUACUGUAUGGCUAUGGUAGACCAGUAAAUAAUACAGAAAAAGCCAUAUUUCUGUUCUGUAUUUGAGGGAAAAAAGAUGAUGUGUUAUAUCAUAUGAUGAUAGAUUUUUCCAAUCACAGUAACUAAGGAUGAUGUUAAAUGGUCGCUAUCUAAAGUUAGACAUGUUUUAGUCAGCAGGUCCAGAUAACUUGCGUCUAUGAGUUUUAAAAGAGCUAGCUAAGGUGCUCUGUGGACCAGUAAUGUAGAUUUCCAAUAAGCCUUUGAACACUGGGGAAUCUCCAGAGGACUGAAAGAAAGCUAAGUUGUGCCAAUACUUUAAAAAGGCAAGUGAGAUGGCCCAGCUAUCUGUAGGCCUGGGAGCCUGACAUUGAUCCAAGGCAAUAAAUAAGAAUUAAAGGAGGGUAAUAUAAUGAAUGGCAAUCAAUAUGGGUUUAUGGAAAAUAAGUCUUGUCAAACUAACUUCAUAUCACUUUUUGAUGAGUUUGGUUAAUAAAAGUAAUAGUGUUGAUGUAAUAUUCCUCUAUAAGGUAUUUGACUUGGUAUCACACAUCAU